AUGACCACGCUGUUCGCCCUCGCCGCUGCGCACGGCUCUCUGCUGGAGGCCGCGACACGCACAUCGCCGGUGCUGCGGCAGGUGGCUCAGCGACUGCUCUGGCGCAGAAUGGCUCUCGAGAACGGCGCACGCUUCUUCUGCGAGCUGGACCGCGAGAUCGAGGUCGACCUCGCAGAAGGCUCCGUCAUCGGGCGGUACACAGGCGAGGCGUGCCCGAGAUGUCACUCGAGACGACGCCCAGCGCUCUCCCGGCAGGCCACUGCACAGGCGAGAUACCACCGAGAUGCAGCUGAGCGGCAGCCGAGGUACGGGACUCCGCCGUUCGGCUCAGGCGUCGAGAUGGGGGAGGACGAGUUCGACGCGUCGCCCUCCACCGGCCUGUAUGCGAUGCGAACCAACGGCGUCGUCAUCGACGGCGAAGACCCGGACAGGUCCAACUACUGCCGCUUCAUCAACCACUCGGCGACCGAGGCGUGGGAGGACGACUCGCCCCUCGCCGCCGUGUACCUCGAGACGCUGAGGGACAUCGCGGCCGGCGAGGAGCUGCUCUCUUAA